AUGGGCCCCUCACGCCAGGUCUACCUGCUCCCAUUGAAGGAUGACGGCUCACCUGACGUACCCGGUGGGUACAUAUACCUACCACCUCCUGGCGACGAGGGAUAUGUGCUACGAUUCAUCAUUGAGGGUACCAGCUCCAUCUGUCGACAGGGGAGUCUGUGGGUCAACAUCCCGGAGGAGGGCAAAGCGUUCGAGCGCCAUUCGUUCCGCGAGUUCAGAUUAAAGCCCGAUUUCAAUCGCAACAUCCAGAUCGAUAUCCCAGUGUCAAGUGCGGGCGCUUUCGCGUAUUACACCACUUUCUCCCCGUUACCGGAGUUCUCGGUAGACCCUGUGCCUACCCCGGAGCCCACGCAGACUCCUAUUCACUACAUAGACGUUUCGCCCAAAUUGACCCUUCAGGGCAAGCACCUGCCACUCAAUGCGCUCUCGAUUUUCUCGGUCAUCUCCAAGUUCAUGGGGGAGUAUCCUGUGGACUGGGAUAAGCAUCUGAAUGGCAUUAGUCAACGGAACUAUAACAUGGUUCACUUUACUCCUCUCAUGCAGCGCGGCGCCUCCAAUUCCCCGUAUAGUAUCUAUGAUCAACUGUCCUUUGAUCCGGCCCUGUUCCCGAAGGGAGAGGAAGAUAUUGCAUCGCUUGUCUCGCGUAUGGAGAAGGAGUACGGACUCCUGACUUUGACCGAUGUUGUGUGGAACCAUACCGCUCAUAACAGCAAAUGGUUGGAGGAACACCCCGAGGCAGGUUACAGUGUGGAAACUGCUCCCUGGCUUGAAUCUGCCUUGGAAUUGGAUACCGCGCUGUUGAAGUUUGGCGAGGAUCUCGAGAGCCUGGGUCUCCCCACAGAGUUUAAAUCUACCGAGGAUUUGGUGACUGUCAUGAACGCCAUGCGAAAGCAAGCCGUCGAUGGUAUUCGGCUGUGGGAGUAUUAUGCAAUUGAUGUGAAAGCCGACAAGAAAAAGAUUCUCGAUGCAUGGACGAGUGGGAAGACAGACCCAGCAAGCAUUCAACACACUGAUCUGCACAAAUUCGGUGGACUGACUCCGAAGGAACAAGGUCAACUUGUCCGCGAACACGGUAUCCCAGCUUCCAAGCAAGUCUACGGACGAUUCGGCCGUUCCGUGGAUGCUACGUUUGGUGCCGCAAUCCUGACGGUCCUCCACGGUGACUACGAUCAGGAUACCUCUGCAGCCGAGGCAUCUUUGUCUAAACUUCUCGAUGCUGUCAAUUUGCCUCUCUACGAGGAGUAUGACACAGAUAUUGCCGAUAUUAUGGAUCAACUCUUCAACCGCAUCAAGUACCUCCGCAUUGACGACCAUGGCCCGAAGAUGGGUCCUGUUAGCAAGGAUAGCCCAUUGAUUGAGACAUACUUCACCCGUCUUCCUCUCAACGAGACUACUAAGAAGCACAACCCCAAGGCACUUGCCUUGGUCAACAAUGGCUGGAUCUGGAACGCUGAUGCCAUGCGCGACAAUGCUGGUCCCGACUCCAAAGCUUACUUGCGUCGCGAGGUCAUCGUCUGGGGUGAUUGCGUGAAACUUCGUUAUGGAAAGUCGCCCGAGGACAACCCCUUCCUGUGGGACUUUAUGACCAAAUACACUCAGCUCAUGGCCAAGUACUUCAAUGGUUUCCGAAUCGACAACUGCCACUCCACUCCUUUGGCUGUUGCGGAGUACCUGCUGGACAAGGCACGCAAGGUUCGACCUGACCUAACAGUCUUUGCGGAGCUCUUCACUGGCUCCGAGGAGGCCGAUUAUGUCUUCGUCAAACGUCUGGGUAUCAACGCUCUCAUUCGAGAGGCUAUGCAGGCUUGGAGCACGGCGGAGUUGAGUCGACUCGUUCACCGUCACGGUGGGCGACCCAUCGGUAGUUUCGACGUGGACCUACCCUCUGCCGGUAGCAGUCACGCUAUUGCCUCUGCAGACGCUGGCGUAGCCGGCGAAGAAAUCACCCAUAUUCGACCUUCUCCAGUUCCGGCAUUGUUCAUGGACUGCACCCAUGACAACGAAGUUCCCGCUCAGAAGCGCGAUGCUCGCGAUACCCUUCCCAACGCCGCUCUCGUCGCGAUGUGUGCCUCCGCCACAGGUAGUGUGAUGGGCUAUGACGAAAUCUACCCCAAGCUCAUCGAUCUGGUUCACGAGAAGCGACAAUAUACUUCUCCGUUCUCUAGCGCCAACAAGUUGGAAGUUGGUGCUGGAGAGGGCGGCAUCGGUGGCGUCAAGCGCCUGCUUAACGAGCUUCACACUAUGAUGGGUGUUGAGGGUUAUGAUGAAACUCACAUCCACCACGAUGGCGAAUACAUCACUGUCCAUCGAGUUCACCCCAAGACAAGAAAGGGAAUCUUCCUUAUCGCCCACACUGCAUUCCCUGGCAAUGAAAGUGGCGCGAUCCUGGCUCCGACGCACAUCACGGGUACUCAGGCUAAACACAUUGGAUCUUGGGUUCUGGAAGUUGAUGCCGGAGAUGACACCAAGGCUAAGAUCUCGGGUGAUGACAAGUACCUCAAGGGUCUUCCCAGUCACACACGCGAUAUUGAUGCAACCAAGAUCGAAGGUGACGGCAAGGAUGUGACCAUCUCGGUUCUGGAUACCCUGGUACCUGGAGCCAUUGCGCUAUAUGAAACUUGGAUUCCCGGCGCAGAGCAUGCAAGUGGUUUGAACAAGUUCCUUUCCAGUGGAGCCGAUGAGGCAUUCUCAGGCCUCAGCUUGGUCGAUUUGAACUUUGCACUGUACCGCUGCGAUGCCGAGGAGAGAGACUCUAGUAACGGCGAGGACGGAGUUUACAAUAUCCCCAAGCAUGGUCCUUUGGUCUAUGCCGGUCUGCAGGGCUGGUGGAGUGUGCUGGAGGAUAUCAUCAAGUAUAACCAACUUGGACACCCACUUUGCGAUCAUCUUCGCGAGGGCCAAUGGGCCUUGGACUAUGUGGUUGGGCGGAUGGAGAAGGUUGCCACCAAAGAAGGACAUUCUGCUCUUGAAAAGCCCGCUGCAUGGCUUCGUGAGAAAUUUGAUGCUGUCCGUGGCUUGCCUAGCUUCUUGCUCCCUCGCUACUUUGCGAUCAUCGUGCAAGUCGCGUACAAUGCUGCAUGGAAGACGGGUAUCCACCUCUUUGGUGACAAUGUCCGUCAUGGUCAGGAAUUCAUUCACCAGCUGGCCAUGGUCAGUGUUCAGCAAACCGGCUACGUCAAUUCGGCCUCUCUGUGGCCCACGAAGCAAGUGCCCAGCCUGGCAGCUGGAUUGCCCCAUUUCGCCGUCGACUGGGCAAGAUGCUGGGGCCGUGAUGUAUUCAUUUCUAUUCGUGGUCUCUUCCUCUGCACUGGUCGCUUCGACGAUGCCAAGGAGCACAUUCUUGCGUUUGCAAGCGUGCUUAAGCACGGAAUGAUUCCUAAUCUUCUUAGCAGCGGCAAGUUGCCUCGCUAUAACUCCCGUGACUCGGUGUGGUUCUUCCUGCAGGCCAUUCAGGAUUAUACCAAGAUGGCUCCCAACGGCAGCAGCCUGUUGCAGGAGAAGGUGCCUCGGAGAUUCUUGCCUUACGAUGAUACCUGGUUCCCCUUCGAUGACCCUCGAGCGUACUCGCAGUCUCCGACAGUCUUGGAGGUCAUCCAAGAAGUCUUCCAGAGACAUGCUCAUGGCAUGUCAUUCAGGGAAUACAAUGCCGGACCGGAUCUUGAUGUUCAAAUGAAGCCUGAGGGUUUCCAAAUUGACAUCAAGGUUGACUGGGACACUGGUAUCAUCUUCGGCGGUAGCCAGAACAACUGUGGCACGUGGCAGGACAAGAUGGGCGAGAGCGAAAAGGCAGGCAGCAAGGGUGUUCCAGGAACGCCUCGUGAUGGAGCCGCGAUUGAAAUCACUGGCCUCGUCUACAGUGCUCUUACAUGGGUGGCGAAGCUACACGAAUCCAAUGCGUACCCCCACGCGGGAGUCGACAUUGGCGAUGGCAAAUCGGUCACGUUCAAGGAAUGGUCGGAGAAGAUCAAGGCUAACUUUGAACGCUGUUAUUAUGUCCCCGUCGACGCCAAGGAUGACAGCCAGUACGAUGUCGAUGCCAACGUUGUGAACCGCCGUGGUAUCUACAAGGAUCUGUACAAGUCCGGCAAGCCGUUCGAGGAUUAUCAGCUUCGUGGGAACUACCCCAUCGCCAUGUCCGUGGCACCAGAGCUGUUCACACCCGAAAAGGCCCUCUUGGCCCUCUCCAUCGGUGACUCUGCCAUCCUGGGGCCCGUCGGCGUUGCCACCCUAGACCCAUCCGACCUCAAUUACCGCCCAUACUACAACAAUUCAGAGGACUCCACGGAUUUCGCAACCUCCAAGGGUCGAAACUACCACCAAGGUCCUGAAUGGGUCUGGCAGCGGGGAUACUUCCUCCGUGCGCUCCUCCACUUUGACCUCCUGCGUCGUAAGACGGCCGAGGAGCGAAUCGAGUCGUUCCAGCAGAUCACCCGGCGACUUGAUGGGUGUAAGAAGGCUUUGCGGGAGAGUCCGUGGAAGGGACUGACGGAAUUGACGAAUAAGAAUGGAGAGUAUUGUGCAGAUUCGUCGCCUACUCAGUCGUGGUCCGCUGGUUGCCUGCUUGAUCUCUAUUAUGAUGCUGCCAAACUUUCUUAG